UGCACCGAUCGCACAUCUGUCUCAUGGCUGCCAUUCCUUCGAAUCCCAGGGGAAUCCCCAAGGCCCCCUUCAUUGGCAACAUCGAUGAAUUCAUCGUGGGCUCCACCGUCGACGACACUUUGCGCAAGUUCCAGGAGAUGAUCUCCAAAUACAAGUACAUGGAGGUGCAUUUGCUGCAGCGCAAGAAGAAUCUCGACAACAAGCUGCCUGAGAUCAAAAAGACCCUGGACAUUGUCCGUUUCCUCGUCGGCAAGAAAGAGACCGAUCCCGACACACCCAUCGAGACGCAGUUUGAACUCAACGAGACCCUGUGGGCCAGCGCCAAGAUCCAACCCCGAGGCACCGUCUACCUCUGGCUCGGCGCGAACGUGAUGCUCGAGUACUCGACGGAGGAAGCGAGCGAGCUUCUCUCUGAAAAGUACGACACAGCCGGGAAGCGGCUGCUCGAGGUCGACGAAGAUCUGAACUUUUUGCGAGAACAGAUCACCACCAUGGAGGUCAACACUGCCCGAGUACACAACUGGGACGUCAAGCGGCGCCGCGAGCAAACUGCCAAGGCCUAAGAAGCAGCGGUGCGCCUGGCUCGCCACCUCCGCUCUUCAACGCUUGCGGGUCGGCAAUAUCCCUUACCAUCCGCUCUCUACAGUGGUCAUAAAGCGAGAAACGGGACGUGGAGCACGGGAGGCACGCCCUGAUUUGAGGAUAUUGAAGGCUCUGUUGAAGAUCCUGAAUACACCCACCCACGGCCAUUCAUCCACUCGUAU